GAAGUAGUUUCAUUAUCUCCGUGCUAGGAUUGGAUUACCACCUUUUAAUAAAACAAGGAUUGGAUUACCAUAAUCAUUUCCUAAAUCCUUUCCCUUCUCAGGGUUUUCUUUCCAAUUACAUUUGUUAGAUUCUCAUUUCUCCGGAUUAUUACAACUAUAUUUCGUCUACAACCGCUACUGUCGCUGUAUUUAUUGCUAUUACCACUUCUUGUUAACUUUUUAUUUAUUUAUUUAUGUUCUCUGCAUUUCGCUUCUUCAGGGUUUGUGGUUUCUUGAAAUUUUAAAAAAUUUGGAUUUUUGAAUUAUGUUUUUGUUCAGGGUCUCGGAGUUUCGAAGUUUGAAAUUAGGGUUACUUUCUUGUUAGAAGGGUGAGGAUGUAGUAACUAGUAAGCUUGGUUCUUGGCCGAAUUUCUGUAAUUUAGAAAUAAAGUUGGAUUUUGGAGUUGAAGUGUUCAGUUUAGUUCAGUUCAGGUCAGCGUAUAGCAAGAGGUUGGAUUUUUGCUUCUAUAGAUGGAUAGUGUGUUGUAGUUUAUGUAUGUGCGUGUAUAUUUCUCCUGCAUAAGUUGGUUUUGAAAACUUGGUGUGGUUUUUGUGUUCAUGGAUUUCAUUGGGGAAGCAGUUGCGGGUGGAAAUGUGCUCUCCGGCUCUGAUGCCGUCGAGAUGAGUGGUGGGUUUGACAAUUGGGGGAUUCCUGGCUCGAUGGACCAGGGUGUUUGGGCUACUGAGGAUGACUAUAAUGCCUGGAACCCGGGUUCCUCUCUUGAAACCCCUCCAAACAAGAGAUCCCGCAACUCACAGGGCGGAGACGCUCAUGUUAUAGUCCCUACUCGAUCCAAGGCAAUUGGGAAGAUGUUUUUCAAGACUAAACUGUGUUGCAAGUUUCGAGCUGGUGUCUGCCCUUAUAUUACUAAUUGUAACUUUGCUCAUGGAAUAGAAGAGCUCCGCAAACCUCCUCCUAAUUGGCAAGAGAUUAUUGCUGCUCACGAGAGUGAACUUGGAGGAGGAGUGGUGGUGGAACCACCCAGAGAGGAGCACCAGAUUCCAACCAUGAGUUCUCCCGAUUUACGUGGUGAGACCCAGAGGUCUUACAAAGGAAGGCACUGCAAGAAGUUCUACACCGAAGAAGGUUGCCCGUAUGGAGAUAGCUGUGCCUUCCUUCACGAUGAACAAUCUCGAGCUCGUGAAAGUGUUGCGAUAAGUGUGACUCCAAGUGCUGGUCCCGGAUUUGGUAACAGCGCAACCGUGGCAAACCAAAAGCCUUCCAACUGGAAGACUAGAAUUUGUAAUAAGUGGGAAACAACAGGCUAUUGCCCAUUUGGCAGCAAGUGCCAUUUUGCUCAUGGAGCAGAAGAACUGCACAAGUUCGGGGGAGGUCUUGCAGAGGGCGAAGGCAAAGAUUCUGCACCAACUCCUUCAAAUAUAAAUCAGGGAGGGGCAACAGAAAACACGGCAGCAGUGUCAACCAUAUCGGCCCCCCACGGAGAUGUUUAUCAUUUGGGUUCGGGUGUUCCAAUACAAAGGUCGUCCUGCAGCAUGAGGACCGGAGAAAGACCCAUUCAGAAAUGGAAAGGACCCGAUAAAAUUAGUAAAAUUUAUGGUGACUGGAUUGAUGACAUUGAAUAACAAUCAGGUUGAUGUUGUAACUUAGGCUACAUAUUUCAGGCACUGUUUGCUGUUUGUUGUAUGGUAGAGGCUUUGCUUUUUAAACGGCUAAAAUAUAGAUUCUAUUGCUCCGCUUUGAAAA